AUGCGCAUCACCACCACCACCAUCACCGUCACCAGAACGAAAAGGAGAACGCCAAAAGGCCAGACGCCGCCCACCGCGAAAGAAACGACAACCCCCACCACACCGAUGAAAAACGGCGGAAACAACGAAACCGACAAAGUCCUCAGAAGAAGCCACCACAACCCCCACCCGAGAAGCCCCCCUGCAGCACCGUCCUCAAUGAGCAAAAGCAACAACAACAACAAAACCAACACAUCCAACCUCCUCCCCCUCUUCCCCCACAAGCCCCUCCCCCACAAGCCCUUUCCUCCCAACACCACCAACAAAACCCUCCGCUUCCACAACCCCGCCACGACGACGACCAGCAGCAUCAUCGCCCGCGCCGCGAUCCCGCCUCCACCCCCGCCGCUGCCGCCCCCGCCGUCGAAGCGCAUCAUCGCCCGCUACGACUGUACUUGCCACCACCACCACCACCAGCAGCGGCGGAUCAGGGCCGGCUGGGAGGGGGACCGGGAUGGGGGUCGGGAUCGGGAUCGGGAUCGGGAUCGGGAGGAGGAGGAGGCGCGGGUGGUGUCUCGUGGGGGGCGGGAGCGGGAGCGGGAGCGAGUUUGCGUGUCGGUGAGGUGUAGUAGCAGCCGCGUGCGUGGAAGGUAG